CUCUCCCUGCGCUGUGCUGAACAAACCCCAGGCACACCUGCAAAGCAUCCCUAUUGUCAUCCCCUUUGCAUGGGAUAUUAACACAAUGCAAGCUCCCCUGACAUUUCCAUAUUGGCUGCUGCCAUGGUACUGCUCUUGGGGACGCGUCGCGAGCAAUCGUGUGUUGGUUAAGCAUCUCUGCUUCCCUGCUGUUCGCCCCCCUUCUCCCUCUCUCUCACUCUCUCCCUAUCCCACGCUCCCUCACACUAUCACACCGAUGCGAGCAGCGUGUGUACUGAUUCCCACUCCCGGGCAACAACAGAUAGCUCUGCGCAAGAGAGGAAAAAAAAAAGCCCUCUAAACCGCUGCUGGGUGGAACAGCCGAGCGAGCAGCUUCUGCCUCCUGCUCCCAGCCGACAUCUGCCGAGACCCACCUUGCACCUGUUCCCCGGGCUGUACGCACUGAAGAUCACUCACCAUGAAAACCAGGCUAGGCUGCCUAUCCAAUAAGUCGGACUCCUGUAAUGAUUUCUCUGAAUUCUUGCCACCUGCACAGGACAGGUCGGCUAAAUGUGUAAAGUUAUCAACUGAAGAAGUCACAAGCUGGGCUGAUUCAUUUGACAUUCUUCUGUCUAACAAGUAUGGCUUGACGGCCUUCAGAACCUUUCUUAAGUCAGAGUUCAGCGAUGAGAACAUUGAGUUCUGGCUGGCAUGUGAAGACUAUAAAAAGAUCAAAUCACCUGCAAAACUCAUGUCAAAAGCUGAGAAGAUUUACAAAGAGUUCAUCGAUGUUCAGGCACCAAGAGAGAUAAAUAUUGACUUCAGGACAAGAGAGGAGACCAAGCUAGGUCUUCAAGAGCCAACUCCAAUCAGCCUCAAUCUGGUGCAAGCCAGAGUGUAUAGUCUGAUGGAGAAAGACUCUUAUCCACGAUUUCUGCGAUCCAAACUCUAUCAAGACUUGCUUAAUAAGACUCAUAUACACUGUCAAAGGAAGUCAGUUUGAGGAAAAGCUUCAAGGUAUCAUGGAUAUCACUGAUGGACAACAAAAUUCAGCAUCCAUGUGCCAUGUUCAUUUAAUUGUUGACUGUACUGAAAAUGCAUUUCAUGGAAUCCUGACAAGUUUAUUUUAGAGAAGAAACAUCACAACCAUACAUUGUACCUUUUAGCGAUCAUUUUGUGAAAAAAGGUGAACUGAAUCUUUGGAUGAUUUCACAUUUAGAGUAGAACAACUGAUUUAAAUGUAACUGUUUAUUUUAGAGGUUACGUGCAAACAAAAUGCACGUGGUUUUGUUAAAUGUGUUGCUUUUAAUGGUAUGGUCAGCCUUUCAUAGUUUAGUCAGAUAUGAUGUUUUUGCUUAUUCUUUUUAAGCUAUUCUGAGCACAAUGACAGAGUUCAAAAGAAGGUGACUGGACAGAAAGUCUACCCUGGGAAUCCAGAGUUCUCGCAGAAGCAUUUGCUUAGCGAGAGACUCUGGCAACGAGUAAUGAUGCACGUAACUUUUGCCCCUUGCAUCGCGGGGAACCAAUCAUA